AUGAUAUAUAUUGAACAGUCAUCUGAGAGGAUUUCCGAUACACAUGCGCUGCCUACUUUCCUAAUCUAUGGCGAACAAAAAGAGAGCGAGCAUCAGCGGCUGGUCACUCAGUCGCACGUCGCUUCGCCGCGCAUAAUGUCGCGCCCCUUGAUCGCUCUCUGCUUAUUCAACACGUUUCUCAUCGCAGCAUCACAGAUCUAUCAACAAACAAGAGCCGGCUCUAAGUUGGCCUCGUGUUACAACAAUGGGCAGCCACAGCGAUGUAUACCGGAGUUCGAGAAUGCAGCCUUCAUGGUGCAAAUGGAAGCGACCAAUACCUGCGGAGAUAACGGCGUGAAAAUGUAUUGUAUACAAACUUCAGCUGGCACUUCUACAAGGUCCUGUGAUUAUUGUCAACCUGGACAGUUCUCCAGCUACUACCUGACCGAUUUGCACUACGAGACUGAUAACCAGACGUGGUGGCAGUCUGAGACCAUGAAGGAGGGUAUCCAGUAUCCCAAUCAGGUCAACCUCACUUUGCAUUUAGGUAAAGCGUACGACAUCACGUAUGUGAGGAUAGUCUUCUAUUCACCGAGGCCGCAGAGUUUCGCCAUAUACAAGAAGACCUCAGAAGACAAAGAUUGGGAACCUUAUCAGUACUUCAGUGCUUCAUGCCGGGACACCUAUGGCGUCCAAGAGCAGAAAUCGGCAGAAUUGGGUGCUGAAACAAGAGCUCUAUGUACCAGCGAAUAUUCGGACAUCGCACCUUUGUCAGGGGGCAAUGUGGUGUUCCCUACUCUUGAAGGUAGACCCUCGGCAUACACUUUUGACAGCAGCCCAGAACUACAGGAAUGGGUGACAGCGACCGAUUUGCGUAUAUCUCUCGACCGUCUGAAUACGUUCGGUGACGAGAUCUUCGGUGACGUGCAAGUCUUGCAGUCGUACUGGUACGCCAUCGCUGAUGUCGUAGUUGGCGCCCGCUGCAAGUGUAAUGGCCACGCGUCUAUCUGUGAUACACACGAAAUGCCAGAUGGUACCCGCACGAGAUCUUGCAGAUGUGAGCACAACACGGCGGGUCGUGACUGUGAACGGUGUCUGGACUUCUACAACGAUGCUCCGUGGGGUCGAGCGUCUCUUACCAACAUGCACGAAUGUAAAGCGUGCAACUGCAACGGGUUUUCGAACAAAUGUUACUUCGACAAGGAGUUGUACGAACGAACCGGCCACGGAGGUCACUGUAUCGAAUGCGCUCAGAACAGGGAUGGACCGAACUGCGAACGGUGCAGGGAGAACUUCUACCAAGGCACUGACGAAAUCUGCCUACCCUGCAAUUGCAACCCUACUGGUUCUCGCAGCCUUCAAUGUAACUCAGAAGGUCGGUGCCAGUGCAAGCCUGGUGUGACAGGCGACAAAUGUGAUUCUUGCGCUCCCAAUCACUAUGAGUUCACCACAGCUGGAUGCAAGCCUUGUGGAUGUGACGAAGCUGGCUCCUUCGGCAAUACGCCUCAGUGCAACCCGGAGACGGGAGUGUGUCUUUGCAAACAGAACGUAGAGGGAAAACGUUGUAGAGAAUGCAAACCAGGUUUCUUCAACCUUGAUUUGAGCAAUGAGUUCGGAUGUACGCCAUGCUUUUGCUUCGGCCACUCGUCGCAGUGUAGCGCCGCGCCUAAGUACCAAGCGCACGAGCUGAGCGCUCACUUCAUUAGGGACUCUGAAAAAUGGCGUGCAGAAGAUGACCAGAGGAGAACUGCACAACUUAAGUUUAACGCCAACAAUCAGAAUAUUGCUGUCACAUCCAGCGGUCCCGAAGUAGUGUACUUCUUGGCCUCACACCAAUUCCUUGGUGAUCAGCGUGCAUCCUAUAAUCAUGAUCUUAAGUUCACCUUGCGGCUUGGCGAAGCGCGAGGGUAUCCUUCUGCUCAAGACAUCAUUAUUGAAGGUGCAAGAGGCUCUAUAUCUAUGAAUAUAUACGGCCAAAAUAACCCAGAACCGACCGAUCAGUUACAAACGUACACGUUCAGACUUCACGAAGACCCGCAUUACGGAUGGACUCCUACAUUAUCUAACUUUGAGUUCAUGUCUAUCCUCCAAAACUUGACUGCAAUAAGAAUUAGAGGAACCUAUAAUAAAGGUGGAACUGGCUACUUAACGGCAUUUAAAUUGGAGACAGCGAAAAUUGGACGUGAAAGAGGUUUCGCCCCGGCCAACUGGGUUGAGAUGUGCUCCUGUCCUAAAGCCUAUGUGGGAGAUUAUUGUGAGGAAUGUGCUCCAGGGUUUAAACAUGAACCAGCCAAUGGCGGACCGUAUUCAGCCUGUAUACCCUGUGACUGUAAUGGCCACGCUCAUAUUUGUGACACAGCUACUGGUUUUUGUAUUUGCAAGCAUAAUACAACUGGUAGCAACUGUGAGCUAUGUGCCAAGGGUUUCUAUGGAAACGCGAUCUCUGGUACUCCCGACGACUGUAAGCCGUGCCCCUGUCCUAAAGACAGUGGAUGUAUUCAGCUCAUGGACGGCAAUAUUGUAUGCACCGAUUGUCCUGAAGGAUAUGCUGGUCCCAGAUGUGAAGUGUGCGCCGACGGUCAUUUCGGUGACCCGACUGGCAAAGUCGGCACUCCAUCCGACUGUACCGAGUGUCAAUGUAACGGCAAUGUGGACCCCAACGCUGUUGGCAACUGCGACAGGACUACUGGCGAGUGUCUCAAGUGCAUCUACAAUACCGCUGGCGAACAUUGCGACAAGUGCUUGAGCGGUUACUUCGGCGAUGCGUUAGACCAGAAAAAGAAGGGUGACUGUAAGCCUUGCGAGUGUCACGAGGCCGGCACGCUCGAGAGCCCCGAGGGUCCACCGCUGUGUGAUGGCCUCACUGGUCUGUGUUCAUGCCGGCCUCACGUCAUCGGCAGAAAUUGUGAUAAAUGCGAGGACGGGUAUUAUAACAUAGAUUCUGGUGAGGGCUGUAUUCCCUGUGAGUGCAACCUGGAGGGAUCAUUCAAUGCUACCUGCAAUCCUAAUACUGGACAAUGUUAUUGCAAGCCGGGCAUUGACGGCAAACAUUGCGAUCACUGCCGGGCGUAUCACUACGGAUUCUCUGGUGCUGGGUGUCUAGACUGCGACUGCGAUGAGUGGGGCUCCACCAAUUACCAAUGCGACGUGGCCGGCCAGUGCUCCUGUCAAGAGAACGUCGAGGGAAGACGAUGCGAUAGGUGUAUGGAGAAUAAACGACGUCGCGCAGACGGUCAGGGUUGCGAAGAUUGUCCGCCCUGCUACAACUUAGUACUUGAUGCAGUUAAUGAUCACCGCCGUGAGCUGCGAGAGCUGGAUGACAUACUCGCUAAAAUAUCAAAAGCUCCCACUGUAGUUGAGAACGCUGACUUCGACAAGGAGUUGCAUCGCGUGCGUGGGGAAAUCGAGCGUCUGAUACAAGAUGCGCAAGCUCAAUUGGGUAACGGGCCAGGGUUAGACCUUACUGACAACCUCGCUGAGCUGGCCGAUCGACUGGCUGAUGUUAGGAAUAUGCUAUUGAAAAUUGAAGAUGAAAGCUACGAAGGAUAUGAAGCUGUCGAAAAAAGCAAAGGAAACGUAUCCAAGGCCGAGGAUACUAUAGAGGCAGCACAGAAGGAGAUCAAUGCAAGUGCAGCGGCUCUCGCGAAAGCUCGCGAUAGAUCAGAUCAGUUUGGAAAACAAUCCGGGGAGAUGUCCAAGUUAGCUAAAGAGUCGCGCCUUUUAGCCGAAAAGCUGGAGAACGAAGCCAGGAACAUAAAGGACAUUGCUGAGAAAGCAUUCAACACCUCUUUAGCUGCAAACAAGAUUGCCAAAGACGGUAUCAACAAGCAGGCAAACAUCAGUAAUGAAAUCCAAAUCCUGACGAACGAGCUGAACGCAGCUACCGGCAAACUAAACAGUAUGACAGAACUGGCGGAGCAAGCCCUCGAUCGCGCAAAGAAAGUGUACGACGAAGCUCUCGGGCUGUACGCCGAAGUCAAUACCACACUCUUACCUGAUAUAAAGCUGAGUAAACUUCACACUGACGCUGAGGAGGUCAACAGGACUAUCGAUGCAAGAUCAGCAGAGCUGGAUGGAUUGAUCGCUGAAAAUGAAGAGACGCUAAAAACACUAGACAGCGCCAUCAGUAGAGGUCGCGAGCUUCUAGAUGAAGGGCAUGAUCGACAGGACGAGCUUAACGAUUUAUUGGCUAAGCUAGACGAACACCAUGCUCAAGCCAAACAUGAUGUUGAGCUUACCAACGCGACGCUGAAGGAGGCGAACGAGAUUUAUAAGACACUCAAAGAAUUCAGCGAUCAAGUGACAGAGUCCCGCAAGCAAGCGAGCCAGGCCGCCCAAGAGGUACCCUUCAUACAGGACAAGGUGGCGGCUGCAGAGAACAGCAUCAAUAGCAUCGCCGAGGAGCUCGCUAGCGCCAGCGAUCAAGCAAAGGAUGCCCGUGAUCUGGCACAAAGAGCACAGAAGGAUUACGCGGAGAAGGCUUCAGAGGCCGCGCACGAAAUAAGAAAGAAAGCUUCCACUUCCCGUGCAGAUGCAGUAAGAUUGAGAGAUGAAACUGACAAAUUGUCAACUCGUGUCCAAGGAACGGCUAAACAAAUCGAGGAGUUGGAGAAAGAAGCUACUGAUAAUAUGCAGCUCACACGGGAUGCCAAGAUGAAGGUGGGUCAGGCGAACACAGAUGCUAGGGAAGCGGAGAAACAGGUCUCCAAAGGGCUGGAAGAUCUGAAGGUCAUAAUGGAUGAACUCCAGAAUCUGCCCAACCUCGAUGACGCAGCACUAGACCUUCUUCAGGAUAAUUUAGAUGCAGCUGAGAAGGCACUUCGCGCUGUUGACCUGGAUGAAAAGAUAAAAUCCCUCUUAGAAGCGAAGAAUAAUCAUCACAGGUGGAUGAAACAGUAUCAAGACGAGCACGAAGAGCUUCGUUUAGAAGUUGACAACGUGCGCGAUAUAUUAGAGCAGCUGCCAGAAGGAUGCUUUAAGCGUAUCGUGCUCGAACCGACUGAAGGACCUCCUCGGUCUAACGCAUUCAGAUAAGCUGCGACAUAUAUAUCAAAAUGGUAGACACAUACCUUUUAUUAUAAAAAUUGCUCGCGGCACGAUUCUGGAAUCUCUGCGUAACUUUAUAUGCAUUUGAAUGUUGAUCUUCAACGGUUAUUUUUAAAGAAAGAUCCACCAUUUUGUUACGGAUGCCAUCUUAAAUUGUUUAAUUAUGUCAUUCAGAACUAAAGGUAUAAACUAAUUUAAAGGUCAAUUAAAUAUUGACAGAAAAGUAGUUAAAAUUUUCAUAAUAAGUAUUGGUCCAGAAAACUAUGCUAUUAUACAAUAAUGUCUAACUGUUGAACCGAGACAGAAUUAAUAAUAUAAUAACUUAUCUUUAUUGAUUUGUUUCGUGUUAUUAUCUAAGUGUCUUAUUAAACUUAAAAUUUCAUUAAAGUUAAUAUGUGUGUAUGUUUUCUGCAACAGUAACAGAAUUUGAAGACGAAUAAUUAAAUGGUCCUAGGAAGCGCCCAAAUAAAAAACUGUAGUAGCCUUACAUACGCCUAUGUAUGCGACUUAAAACACGUAAUUUAUGGUGAGAAAAAUGCUGUCGAGAUUUUAAUUAAAAUUGUUGGGCAUUCACGGUUUAAAUAAUAAGCUUACAGAGGGCAUGAAAUAGGAGUUGAAAAUGUAUAUGGUAGCUCAUAAGUUUUUUAUGUAUGUAUUUCUUAACAGUUUUAAAAUGAAAUCGCACAAUAUUUUUUGAAUAACGAAGGUCAGUUUGUGUGGUGUUUAAAUAAGAAAUGAAACGUGAUUGUAAAUGCGUGUCCGCAAAAGUCAGAUGCAUUUUUUUCUCGAUAAUUUUAUGUAAGUGAUUUUUAUAUACGUCUUAUUUCAAAUGUCUCAAACUACACGAGACUCGUUAACCUCAGUGGUAAGUGGCUAGGAUAAGCUGUUUUACGAUUUUUAUGCUUUUUGUAUUUUGAUGAACCGAUUUACCAUUACCUUAAAUAUUGUUUGCUUAUUUCAUUUCUUUUUCGUUUAAAGUGAAUUAUUGUUUAAAUAAUUUUUGUAAAGAAAAUUUAAGUGUACAAACUAAAACUAUUUACAAAAUAAUUAUAAAAUUAGGUCUUAUAUUAUAAAGUAGCAAUUAUUAACAUAUACAAUGUCGAAAAUAGCUUGUCCAGAACAAUCAAGCAACUGCAUAUUUUUUAUAUUUUUUCAAAAGAUUCCUAGCCGAUAAAUAAAUAUCAUCAAAAUAAAUAAAAGUUAAUACUAUAUAUACAUAUUUUAUUCUCGAUUUUGUUUUGUUAGUUUUUAAAUUCACUUAAGUACAUUUUUUAUUGAAAGUGGAAAUGUCUCUUUAAAAAAACAACUCAUUUGUCGAUUUUUGUCAUUUAUUUUAGAUAUGUAAUGUCUGGUCAUUGUACGAAAUUCUUUCAGUACAGCGACUGUACUUCUGAAUAAGUACAAACUCUUGUAUUUGAAUUGGGAAGGAGUAUUAUAUCUCUAAACUUUAUAUUUUUGAAAUGUUUAUGUCUCCGUCGAGAUCAAAACUAGUAGUUUCCAUCAAUUAUCUUAGUUAAUUUUUGUGGGCCAUUAGAUUUCAAGAUAUUAUCAAGAAUACAUAUACUAUCUAAGAAUAUUACUUUAAAUACUCGUUUUUAUGUCUUUGAAUAGAACCAAAAGUUGUGCCUUUAUUAAUAAUAAGUUAUUUCCUGGAUUAUUGGAUGGAUUGGACAUUUGUUUUUCUCUCCGAAUUCUAACCUAUAUUACAACAAUAAACAUGUUUAUAGUUUUCUUAAUUUUCAUACAUAUAAGUAGUAAAUUGAACAGUGGCACAUAUUAUGACUUUCAAAAGUGUGCCAUAGUAUAUUUUGUUCGUUUCACAGUAAGUUCAAUAAAGUGCUCAUAACAUGUUUUUAUAUCGGGCACCUUUAUCAGUUUUUUUGUUUUUAUAUGUGCACAAAGAUACCUCACAUUGUUGCUCAAUCGGCAGUGUUAUUCUGUAAUAAAAUAUGUUGAUUUUAUUCUACGCUGAUUUCAUCACAGAAUGGCAUAGCUGAGCCGAAGGAGACGAACUAAACAAACACAUCUUCUUAUCUUUACUAAGUGAAUGAUAUACGAGUUCUGUGCGAUAAUUCAUAUGAUUACAUACCAACAAUUCCAUAAGUAUUUUCUUUUGCCUUCUUUGACGCAAUCAAUAAAUAUUAAUAUGUGAUUAGGUGAAACUUGAAAUUUGUGCUCGAUUUUAACUACAAUGGUUCCAAGGGUACAGGGGUGUUGCAUUUAAGCUUUGCAUUUUUCGGAUUGAGAUUAUUGUAGAGUAAGAUUAAAUUCGAUAAUUGUAAUACUUUGUUAACUGGUACACUAUAAUCAUAAAAUGGUUGAAAUUAUUAAUACGUAACACUAAAAUAUAAUAUUAUGAAUCGUCUUAUGUAACUAAUUAAUGAGCCGUUGAGGCUUAUUAUUUGUGCCUUAAUUUGAUGUGCCAUAAUUAAUUUGGUACAAUUGUAAAUAUAAUAAUAGUUAUUAUGAUAACAAUAUGAAUUAAGUACAACAUAAUAGGUACUUCCAUUAUGUUUGAACCCAUAUUUUUGUUAUAACAAGUGAUUGGUUCAUAUUAUUCCUUAGAAAGUUCGCCAAAGAAGCUGAAAUAUUUACAUAUGUAUUUGGUUUUCAUUUUUUACUUAUAUUGUAUUCUCCGGAUGAUUUGUUUAUUUAUUUGUAUGAUUACAUUGAUGAAUGUAGUUUAUUUAUUUGUAUUAAAAUGUUAAUGAUAU